UAGUGAACAGCCCAUUAUCAGCUGCACAACAGUAUUGCACAACAUUUUAAUAUAACAAACGGUUUCACAGUAUUUGCUGAAUGAGUGUCACUUUGGACACCAUUUCAUUCACUAAGAGUUACCAUUGAUUAUCACCGAUGAUGGCAGUGGUCAACGAGGACCUCUUGAAUGAGAUCAAGUGCAUCAUCAGAUCGCUGGUCAUCCCACACCCCAAAGGCAUUGGCCUCAAGAGGCUGUGCAACGAGUACUUUGAUAUCGAGGGCAAAGAGAUCCCGUACCGCGAGCUGGGGUUCCCGAGUCUGACAUCAUUGCUGAGGUCUAUUCCCGAUACGGUUCGCAUGUAUGGCGACCUCCAGGACAUCCACACCGUUGUCCUAUUCCCGGUCGCCAAUGAGGACACGGCACACAUCAUAUCACUCGUGAGCGCACAGAACAAGAGCAAAGAGAGGGGACCCCCGAGAACCCGGCCCUCCUUUCCCACUGGGAACUGGAGGACGGGUGGUAUACGAGCGGGCGGUCGUGGCAUGAGUCGCGGCGGUAGUCGUGGCGGCGGCAGAGUUGGCCGUACGAUAGGGCCACGUCUUGCGCCCCGAGCCGUGAAUCCCAUUCCAGUGGCCAAUUAUCUGAGACCUGGAGGCGCCGGCGUUGUCAAUGGUAUGGCGCCGGCUGUUGGCGCCAAUUAUAUCAGAACCGGCAGUACCGGUGUUGUGAACGGUAUGGCUCGCAAUCCGGUCAGUGGUCUCGUGAACCAAAUGAGCCAAAAGUUUGCCAACUUUUCCAUCACUAAACCCACGUCUCAGAUACCGGAGCCGCCGCCCGGUAUGUCUCGACGUUUGAAUAGAUCUGAUCCCGACAUCAAAGUCAAUGGCGUGAACAACGGACCAAAGAGGCCGUCCAGUAAUGGCAUUCCCGCCGAUGUCAAG